UUUUUGUACUACCUAUCAUGGCUCACGCGGCCUCCCAAUUGAAGAAGAAUCGGGGGGAAGUGGAUGUGAAUGCAUUAGAGGACGAGAAGGAGAAGCGGAGGAAGAGCAGGAGAGCAGCGUCCCGGGAACAAAAGAGAAAGUCUGACAGUAAUGCAAGUUACCUGCGAGCUGCCCGGGCAGGAAACCUUGAAAAGGUCCUCGACUACCUCAAGUCUGGGGUUGAGAUCAACAUUUGCAAUCAGAAUGGUCUAAACGCUCUCCAUCUAGCCUCCAAGGAGGGGCAUGUAGAGGUUGUUGCUGAGCUGCUGAAGCUCGAAGCCGCUGUGGAUGCAGCCACUAAGAAAGGAAACACUGCUCUGCACAUAGCCUCUCUGGCCGGCCAAACGGAAGUCGUCAAAGAGCUGGUCACUAAUGGAGCCAAUGUCAACGCACAAUCUCAGAAUGGCUUCACCCCUCUGUACAUGGCAGCCCAGGAGAACCACCUUGAGGUGGUGCGGUUCCUUCUGGAGAACAGCGCCAGCCAGAGUAUGGCCACUGAGGAUGGCUUCACCCCUCUGGCAGUGGCGCUACAGCAGGGCCAUGACCAGGUCGUCUCCCUGCUUUUGGAGAACGAUACAAAGGGCAAGGUACGACUACCUGCCCUGCACAUCGCUGCCCGCAAGGACGACACCAAGGCCGCGGCCCUGCUCCUACAGAACGACCACAACGCUGACGUUGAGUCCAAGAGUGGUUUCACCCCCUUACACAUCGCCGCUCACUAUGGCAACAUAAACGUGGCCACGCUACUGCUGAACAGAGGGGCAGCUGUGGACUUCAUGGCUCGGAAUGACAUCACACCGCUACAUGUGGCAUCAAAACGGGGAAACAGCAACAUGGUCAAGUUGUUGCUGGACAGAGGGUCCAAAAUCGAUGCAAAGACCAAGGACGGGCUAACACCUCUUCACUGUGGCGCGAGGAGCGGGCACGAGCAGGUGGUAGAGAUCCUACUAGACCGAGGAGCUCCUUUCCUGUCCAAGACCAAGAACGGCCUGUCUCCGCUCCACAUGGCCACUCAGGGGGACCACCUGAACUGUGUCCAGUUCCUGCUCCAGCAUGACGUCCCAGUGGAUGACGUUACCAAUGACUACCUGACGGCGCUGCACGUCGCCGCUCACUGUGGUCACUACAAGGUGGCAAAGCUCAUCGUGGACAAGAAGGCCAACCCUAACGCCAAGGCUCUGAAUGGUUUCACGCCGCUUCACAUUGCCUGCAAGAAGAACAGAGUGAAAGUGAUGGAGCUUCUUCUAAAACAUGGGGCGUCUAUCCAGGCUGUCACUGAGUCUGGCCUGACGCCGAUCCAUGUUGCAGCCUUCAUGGGUCAUGAGAACAUUGUCCAUGCACUGACGCAACACGGCGCCUCACCCAACACAACCAACGUGCGAGGUGAGACGGCUCUCCACAUGGCAGCGAGGGCAGGCCAGGCAGACGUAGUCCGAUACCUGCUUAAGAACGGAGCCAAGGUGGAGACCAAGUCCAAGGACGACCAGACAGCGUUGCACAUCUCCAGUCGGCUGGGCAAAGUCGACAUCGUACAACAGCUGCUGCAGUGCGGCGCCUCUGCCAACGCUGCCACCACCUCAGGCUACACCCCCCUACACCUGGCUGCCCGGGAAGGACACCAGGAUGUUGCUGCCAUGUUGCUAGAGAACGGGGCCUCGCUCUCUUCUUCCACUAAGAAAGGGUUCAGCCCCCUGCAUGUGGCAGCAAAGUACGGCAAGAUGGAGGUAGCCAGUCUCCUCUUACAGAAAAGGGCUUCGCCUGAUGCUGCAGGAAAGAGCGGGCUAACUCCACUGCAUGUAGCCGCUCACUACGAUAAUCAGAGAGUGGCUCUGCUGCUGCUGGAUCAGGGAGCUUCUCCACAUGCUGCCGCCAAGAAUGGCUACACACCACUCCACAUUGCUGCCAAAAAGAACCAAAUGGACAUUGGGACCACACUGCUGGAGUACGGCGCCGACACCAAUGCUGUCACGCGGCAAGGCAUCAGCCCCAUUCAUCUGGCGGCACAGGAGGGCAGCGUGGACCUGGUGUCACUGCUCCUGACCAAGAACGCUAACGUUAACGUGUGCAAUAAGAGCGGACUUACACCACUCCACUUGGCAGCUCAGGAGGACAAGAUCAAUGUUGCAGAAGUCCUUCUCAACCACGGGGCUGAUGUCAACCCACAAACUAAAAUUGGUUACACACCUCUGCACGUGGCCUGUCACUAUGGUAACGCAAAGAUGGCAAACUUCCUGCUGCAGAAUCAUGCCAGGAUAAAUGGCAAAACAAAGAACGGGUACACUCCUCUCCAUCAGGCGGCUCAGCAGGGCCACACCCACAUCAUCAACCUGCUGCUUCAGCACGGGGCCUCGGCCAACGAACUCACUGUGAACGGGAACACUGCCCUGUCCAUCGCCUGCCGUUUAGGGUACAUCUCCGUGGUGGACACUUUGAGGCCAGUGACGGAUGAAAACCUGACCUCCAUGAGUGCGUCAGAGAAACACAAAAUCAACGUCCCAGAGACCAUGAACGAGUUCCUCGACAUGUCAGACGAUGAAGUCCGGGCCAAUGUGCCGGAAACUCUCAAUGAGGAGUCUUUUUCAGAUGGUGAUGAAGGUGAGGAUGCAAUGACUGGGGACACGGACAAAUACCUGCGGCCUCAGGACCUCAAAGAGCUGGGGGACGACUCUCUCCCUCAGGAGGGGUACAUGGGUUUCAGCAUUGGAGCCCGUUCAGCCAGCCCUAGAAUCAGCCUCCGCUCCUUCAGUUCGGAUAGGUCCAACACACUCAACCGGAGCUCCUUCGCUCGGGACAGUAUGAUGAUUGAGGAGAUUCUGGCCCCCACAAAGGACACGCUUCAGAGUGUCUGUAAAGACAUCUCCUACUUGGUUGACCCCCUCAAUAAGCACCUGGCUGUGACCAGAGACUACAGCGCCGAGUGUAUGCGACGCUACAGCUGGACACCAGACACUAUGGACCACAGCCACAACACUGUGUCCAGCCCCAUUCACUCUGGCCUCUCCUCCCCGCUCCCUCAGUAUGACUCCAGGUUCUUGGUCAGCUUCAUGGUGGAUGCCCGUGGCGGUUCCAUGAGAGGCAGCCGCCACAAUGGCAUGCGCAUCAUCAUCCCUCCCAGGAAGUGCACGGCACCCACACGUAUCACCUGCCGCCUGGCCAAAAGGCACAAGCUGGCCUACCCCCCUCCUAUGGUGGAGGGAGAAGGGCUGGUGAGCCGUCUGGUGGAGGUCGGACCUGCUGGGGCUCAGUUCCUAGGUCCUGUGAUUGUGGAGAUCCCCCAUUUUGGUUCCAUGCGGGGUAAAGAGAGGGAACUGAUUGUGUUACGGAGUGAAAAUGGGGACACGUGGAAGGAGCACCAGCCAGACGCCAGACCAGAAGACCUCAUUGAUCUGCUGGCUGGAAUGGAAGAAGAGCUGGACAGUCCUGUUGAGCUCGAGAAGAAGCGCAUUUGCCGCAUCGUCACCAGAGAUUUCCCUCAGUAUUUUGCUGUGGUGUCGCGGAUCAAGCAGGAGUCGAACCACGUGGGUCCUGACGGGGGUCUCCUGUCCAGCAGCACCGUGCCCAUGGUCCAGGCCUCUUUCCCACAGGGGGCGCUCACCAAGAGGAUUCGUGUUGGCCUGCAGGCCCAGCCUGUGCCCGAUGACCUGGCACGGGCAGUUCUUGGGAACAGGGCAACCUUCAGCCCCAUUGUUACUGUCGAGCCCAGGAGGCGGAAGUUCCACAAGCCCAUCACCAUGACGAUCCCUGUCCCACCUCGAUCGGCAGAAGGCCACCGCGGGGACUCUGCACCCUGCCUGCGUCUGCUCUGCAGCAUCACAGGAGGGAUGUCUCCUGCUCAGUGGGAGGACAUCACAGGGACCACACCGCUGUCCUUUGUAACUGACUGCGUCUCCUUCACCACAAAUGUGUCGGCCAGGUUCUGGCUCGCAGACUGUCACCAGAUUCCUGAGACGGUGAGUUUAGCGUCUCAGUUAUACCGGGAGCUGAUCUGCGUGCCGUACCUGGCCAAGUUUGUGGUUUUCGCCAAGAUGAACGACCCUGUUGAGGCUCGGCUGCGCUGCUUCUGCAUGACCGACGACAAGGUGGACAAAACCCUCGAGCAGCAGGAGAACUUUGAGGAAGUGGCACGCAGCAAAGACAUUGAGGUUCUGGAGGGCAAGCCUAUCCAUGUGGACUGCUAUGGCAACCUGUCUCCUCUCACUAAAAGUGGGCAGCAGCUGGUUUUUAACUUCUACUCUUUCAAGGAAAACAGACUUCCAUUCAAUGUGAAGAUCAGAGAUAUGGGCCAGGAGCCAUGUGGCCGUCUCUCCUUCCUGAGAGAGCCAAAAUCCAGCAAAGGCCUUCCACAGACUGCCAUAUGCAAUUUGAAUAUCACACUGCCAACACACAAGAAGGAUAUGGAGUCUGAUCCUGAUGAUGAGACUGAAAAGCCAGAACGACGCCAUACCUUUGCCUCCUUAGCUUUGCGUAAGCGCUACAGCUAUUUGACCGACCCAGCAGCGAAAACUACUGAUCGAAGCUCGCCGAGAACACAGCCUUCUAGCUACCCUCACAAACCUGUCUUUUCAACGAGAUCUUAUCAGGCGUGGACGCCUGUUCCUGUCGCCGUCCCUGGUCAAGCCAAGUCUGGUUUUGGCUCCCUCUCCAGUUCGUCAUCCAACACGCCCUCUGCCUCUCCAUUAAAAUCGGUCUGGUCCAUCAACUCUGCCUCCCCAAUCAAGACCAACAUCCCUGGAUCCCCCGCCUCCUCUGUAAAGUCAGUUAGUGACAUGGCAUCUCCCAUUCGAACUUACAGAACUAUCUCUUCUCCUAUAAAAACUGUAGUCCAACAAACGCAGUAUCCAGGGCAGGCCACCCCCAGUCCCCUGGCCUCACCAUGCAAAAGUGUCCCAGAUCCUAUGUCUAUGAAAGGUCUAGCAGCAUAUUCUGCCAGGACCUCCCCUAUUACUGUCUCGGGAGGGGGAAGCACACUUCUUGAGAGAGCAUCCAUAGGCAUGACCCCACCAUCUUCUCCAAAAUCUUCUCUAAGUAUGUUCAGUUCACCUCUGUCAUACAAAACUGUUAUGGGGGCAUCUAGCAGCACUGCAUCUUCUUCCUCCCCCAUAAAAACAGUCCCUGGUCUCUCCUCUGUGCGUUCUUUUGCCGCUGAAGUCACUGGUCCUGCAAGGAACCUGUUCUCCUCAUUUUCAUCACCACAGAAAUCCAACACAGCUCCAAGUGCUGCAGCUCUGAUCAAUGGAACUGUAUCACCUACACAGUACCGCUCUUCUUCCCCAAAUUCUCUUCUCGCAAGUAGUCUGCAAGAAAGAAUACAAGCAACUACCAAUGCUGCAACUACAAGUGUCAAUGCAGCCUUUGAUGAGGUGGAGAAAACUUUUAAUUCUUGUUCUGCAGGCUAUGGCACCUUGAAGUCCAUGUCUUCUUCAGCAUCUUCCUCCUAUCAGUCCUUUAGAUCAUCAGCUUCUAAUUCCCUUUACCCCUCUCUCAGAUCCCCCCCUAAUGCCACCACUGCUGUAACAUCCAGUACAAUGACUGUUCCAGUGUACUCUGUUAUUAAUGUGCUGCCAGAGCCCCAGUUCAAAAAGCUACCUGAGGUGUCCAAGUCAGCUGCUGCCCUUUUGUCCCCACGGAAGACUGUGCCGGCUGAGGUGAAUGCUCAGUUGCAGUCUUCCUUUGCCAAAACUCUUUCCCCUAUCAAAACCCCUCUUUUUUCUGCUGGCCUGAAAUCCAACACCACAUCACCACUUUCAUCUAGCCAAGAGAUUCUAAAGGAUGUGGCUGAAAUGAAAGAGGACUUGAUACGAAUGUCUGCUAUUUUGCAGACAGACCCAAACUCCACAGCCAACAAAGGACUUCAGUCAGAUUCUCCAAGAGAGGCGAAGAUAGAGGACGAGGAACCAUAUAGGAUUGUUGAGAAAGUAAAACAAGAUUUGGUCAAAGUGAGUGAAAUACUUACUAAAGAUGCUGGGAAGGAUGGUAGAGUUUCCCUGACAAGAGGUUCUUUGGAUGACAUACACUUCUCAAAAGUACAAGUUGAACAACCACCAAGCAACUGGAGCUAUCCGCCAAGAUAUGAGACUGUGGUUCCUCAAGCUAAAUCAAAAACAAUACCAGAUAGAGAUUUCAAUCUUUCCAAAGUUGUUGACUACCUGGUCAAUGAUGUUGGUAGCAGCUCUUUCUCCAAAAUGCAUGACACAAAGCCUAAAGCAGAUGAGGGUAAAAGAGAAGGGGAGGGCAAGGACAAGCAAAAACGCAUCCUAAAACCCACUAUAGCAGUUCAGGAGCACAAGCUCAAAAUGCCUCCAACAACCAUGCGCUCUUCAGCUUCAGACAAAGAGAUCAAUAAAGUAGCAGAUGCACUUUUUGGAGCGGACACUGUGCUAGAAUCUCCUGAUGAUAUCUCACAUGAACAGGAUAAAAGUCCCCUCUCAGACAGUGGCUUUGAGACCAGGAGUGAAAGGACACCUUCUGCCCCUCCAAGUGCAGAAGGCAUGGGCCCCAAGGCCCUUUUUCAGGAUAUCCCAGUUCCCCCUGUGAUCACUGAGACAAGGACUGAAGUUGUUCAUGUUAUCAGGAGUUAUGAGACCCCAGAGGAUAACAAACAACCUGCAAUGGAAGAUGCAAAUUCUGUCAGAUAUAUUGAUUCAGAAUCUAAAAGCCACCUGAAUCAGACUCAAUCAAGCCCAGAACAGAAUAAAUGCUAUUCAAUAAAAGUUAGCCCUGAUGAUGAUCCAAUGGGAAAAGGGAUGAGGGUAAAAGAAGAGACGCACAUUACAACUACCACCAGGAUGGUGUACCACAAACAAUCUGCCAAGGAAGCUGCAUCGGAGAGGUGUGAAGAGACUAUGUCUGUGCAUGACAUAAUGAAAGCUUUUCAGUCUGGCAAGGACCCUUCUAGAGAACUUGCUGGACUGUUUGAGCACAAGUCUGGCAAAGAGGAAACAUCGCAAAGAGUUCUCGAAGACAUCAACUCCAAACCUAAGGUUGAAAGAAUAAUUGAGGUUCAUAUUGAAAAAGGCAAUAAAACAGACCCAACAGAGGUCAUAAUCAGAGAGACUAAAAACCAUGCAGAGAAGGAAAUGUAUUACUACCCAGGGAAUAGACAGGACGAGGAGGAGCCUGAGGAAUCUCUUCCAGUAUACCUUGACUCUCCCAGAAUGAGCACACCUAUGGAGGAAGAAAGUCGCCCCAGUUCAGCCCAACUCAUGGCAGAUGACUCUUACAAGACAUUAAAGCUACUGAGCCAGCAAUCUGUAGAGUACAAUGAGGAUGAAUCGUCAGAACUAAGGGGAGAAUCUUAUAAUUUUGCAGAGAAAAUGCUACUGUCUGAGAAAUUUGACCAGUCUCAUUCCGACACAGAGGAAUAUCUGAGAGAUAGGUCUCGCUUCCAUUCACCAGACAGAAGUAGUCACAGUGAGGGUAGAUCAGUUGGGCCAAGGACAGAGUAUGUUUUUAGGUCAUCAAGAAAUGUUUUUGACAAAUCUGGAAGAAUGGCAAAUGUUGAUGAUAACUUUGACAAACUGACACUCCUACAGUACUCUUCUGAGCCUGGUAGCCCAAAGCAGUCUGUUUGGAUGCGUGUGUCUGAUGAUGCUCAGAGUAAGGACAGAGGACAGCUUAUGUAUGAGGACAGGGUGGACAGGACUGUAAAAGAGGCAGAGGAAAAGCUCAGUGAGGUGUCCCAGUUCUUUCGUGAUAAAACAGAACAACUCAAUGAUGAGCUCUCAUCUCCAGAGAAGAAAUCUCGCAGACCAGACUUCAGGGAAUCCCGAUCAGGGCCCAGUUCCACACACAGCAGCCCAGAGAGGUCAGCUUAUAGAAAUGGGGGUAGUGGAGAGGAAUGGAGCAGAGAAAGGCUACGAGACAGGUUCAGCUCCAGCGAUAGAAAAUGUGCAAGCUUACCCAGCAGUCCAGAGAGGAGAGUAUUGCUGCAAUACACUGAUUCAGAACGAAGACAGCAAGAUGAUAAAUCAAAAGGAAGCACAGGUGAAAGCCCUAAGCCUUUUCAAAUGUCUUCUUCUAAAGUGAGUGCAGUAAGACUAAAGUUUGAGCAAGAGGCUCAAAGGCAAGAAAGGAGUCAUCAAGCUGGCCAAAAUUCAAAUCCGCCCAUCAGGAAGCUCCAGGAAAGUAAGCUGCCCGUCUAUCAGGUGUUUUCUGGUUCAAGCACCCCAAAAACACCAGAUAGUCCAGGAAACCAGAGGAGAUGUCUAGAUAGCCAAUCCAAUAAGUUCUCACCGAAGCACGAGACCACUAAAACAGAUCAGGAUGAUAAAAAGUUAUUUAAAGCAUGGGAGGGCCAAGAUUACGGGAACUUUAAAUCUCAAUCCCCUAAAAUAUCACAACCUCUAAUUAAUGAUGGCAAUACCAGUGAUCCCCAAAGACAAGAAACCACCAAGAAAAUAAUCUACACAGAAUUCAUUGUCCGAGAAAAUCCAAAUAGUAAUGAUAGUCUAAAAAAAAACUCGGAAUCGCAAAUACCUGUAAGAAAGCCAUCUAAUUUCUCAGAAAAUCACAAAUCCACCACUUUAAAAUUAGAUGCCUCUGUUGAACCAUAUGAGAGGACUGGGUCCCAUAUACCUACUUUAGCUAAAGGUCGCUUACACAGUAGCUCUGAUUCCAACAAGUCAACUUGGGGAUCAUCAGUAGGAAAAUCCUCAGACUCUUCAGACGGUAGUGUGUCAAAUGUAGUGUGUAAUGGUGUUGAUAGUGACCAGAUAGAGUAUUUUGAAGAAGUAACUCCUGUUGUUGUUACAGAGGGAUUCAAAGAUAUCAAACCUUUACCUGUGUAUGUUAGCAUCCAAGUAGGAAAGCAAUUUGAGAAAGAAACAGCUUCGGGGCAGCUUGGAACCUACAAAAAGAUAGUUAGUCAUGAGAGUAGGACAGUGCAUGAGACUAGGGGUGCUUUUUACACUGUCAAGCAAAAACAGUCUCCAUCUCCUCAAGGAAGUCCAGAAGAUGACACUCUAGAACAAGUGACUUUCAUGGACAGCUCUGGGAAAAGUCCUGUGACCCCUGAGACCCCCAGCUCAGAGGAAGUAAGUCUGACCUCAAGAACACCAGACUCUGUGAUAGGUUUCAUGCCUGGCAUGCCAAGCCCUAUCCUCGAAGAGUCUGAGGAGGAAGAAGGGAAAACCUUCAUCUACAAGGAGCCCUCAAAAGAAAAACCCAAGCCAGCGUCCUCAGGGAAUCACAGUAAAAAACAGGAUGCACAGAGACCAAAGUCAAAGGAGAAAAGAGUGGCUUAUAUAGAGUUUCCUCCUCCACCUCCUUUAGAGACAGAGCAGUCCGACCCUGAUAAAAGGGGUUCAUGUGCUUCUUCCGAGGCAGAGACUGAGAUGAUAGAGGUGAACCUUCAAGAGGAGCAUGAUAGGCAUCUCCUUGCUGAGCCAAUCAUAAGGGUCCAGCCUCCAUCCCCUAUCCCCCCUGGAGCUGAUAACAGCGACUCUAGUGAUGAUGAAUCUGUUUUCCAUCCCAUUCCAAUCAAGAAGUACACAUUCAAAAUGAAAGAGGAGGGAGAAAAAGGGCAAAAACAAAAUAGAUCAGAGAGAGAUGCAAAUGACAAAGAUCCCGGACUCAAUGGUGUUGUAAAGGGGGAUGAUGCUGACUUAGAACAAAAUGGCAAUGACCAGUCAAUUACUGACUGUUCCAUAGCAACCACUGCUGAGUUCUCCCAUGACACAGAUGCAACUGAAGUAGACUCUUUAGAUGGGUAUGACCUGCAGGAUGAGGAUGAUGGACUGAGCGAGGACCCUAAAACUUCUAGUCUUUCCAAUGAUGGAAAACCAACUGACCGCUCAUUUAGCCAGUCAAAGCUUGAAGUGAUAGAGGAAGAGAAAUGUGAAGAAGGUGGCGAGAAUGGCAAGACUAAAACAAGCACAUCCUCAGCGAAAAGCAGUGGAGAUGAAAAGGAUUAUACCCUUGAAGGAAGACAUCCAGAUAGGCUGAGCUUUGGAGAAAACUACUUUGGCUACCAACUAGAAGAAGAGCUAAAUUCAACCUUUAAAACUGUUGCCACCAAAGGCCUGGACUUUGACCCCUGGUCAACCAAAGGAGGUGAAAGUGAUGGAGUUUUUGAUUCAAAGGCAAAAGAUGGACCAAAGCCCUUUGGUUUAUCGGUGGACGACAAAUCCCAGGCUACAACUCCUGACACAACUCCUGCUCGAACACCGACUGAUGAGAGCACACCGACUAGUGAGCCUAACCCCUUCCCUUUCCACGAAGGGAAGAUGUUUGAGAUGACCCGCAGUGGUGCUAUUGACAUGAGCAAGCGGGACUUUGUUGAAGAGAGGCUUCAGUUUUUCCAGAUUGGUGAGCAUUCCUCUGACCCAAAAACAGGGGAAAAGGGGAGAGGGGGCAAGGUCCUGGGGGUAAUUUCCUCUCAGUCAAAAACAGGGGCCGCAGUAGAUGGGAUGGUGAAUGUUAUAGAUACAACCACAGACAGCAGCACUACACCAACAACACCAGCAGCAUCAGCAGCAAAAUGCGGCCCUGCACAGCCCGGCAGUGACACUGGCCAUACUGGUACCGAUGCCCCAACCUGUGAAGCCAUAGCUGAGACCGCCUCUUCUUGCACAAUCACAGCCUCUAAGGUUGAUCCCAAAUUACGCACUCCAAUUAAGAUGGGCAUAGCUGCCUCUAUUACUGUGAAAAAAGACUCGGGGGAUCUCACCGAUUGUAAAGCUGAGAUUUCGGAGGGUCAGAUGGUGCCAGAAUAUAUCAGUAUAGAGGGUCAGUGUACAGAGAGCCAGUCCAUCAGACAUUCUGAGUCCAAGCUAGAAAGAAGAGAUUACCCUUCUGAAAACUGCAACAACAACAACAACCUCGAGUCCUCCAGCGUUCAGGCCAACUACAUCCAAUGUGGUAGUGUGGUGUUUAAUUUGCAGUCCUCCUCUGAGCCCACUCUUCAGAAGGCCAGCAGGAUAGAAACAUUGUGCUGUAGGGAUUUAGAAGAGAGAGUGGAAGUUCACAAAAGCAAUCAAGUGCAAGAGCAGAUAAGCGAAACAGUUAAAGAAAGUGAAGUGAAGCAGCCGAAGUCUAGGCUUCCAGUCAAAGCGUCAGGGUGGUCUUUUCACACACAGGGAACAGCCAUAGGCAAACAUAAACACAAACAGGCAGUGACGGUUGAAGUACGGAAAAGAGGAGAGCCAGCCAUAGCAAAAGUAGAGCCCAGGUCUAGAAUACCAAUCAAGGAUGUUAAAAAGAGUAGUCCCGCUACUACGGCUAGUUCACUUGGUUCACUCCGGGUUACCUCACAGCCAACAAGGGCAUUGGACAGAGACAGAGCAGCCAUAAAGUUACCCUCAAGGCUACCGCCUAAGGACAGGAAUCAGGCCAGUAGCGUUACAGGUAGACAGGACAGACAGGAGAACCCCAGUGAGGUUUGUAAGCGCACCAUUGAGUACUUUAAAAGCAUUAGCGGGGAGACGCUAAAGUUGGUGGACCGCCUGUCAGACGAGGAGAAAAAGGCGCAGACAGAGCAGUCGGAGGAAGACAGCACCUCCCGGAGCACCUCUCUGUCGGACGCCUCCCAGCCUUCCCAGCCCUCCCAGCCCUCCCAGCCCUCCCGCUCAUCCAGGUCUGGUAGAGGUUCGAGGGCUGAGGCCGGGGCCGCGUCCGUAAGGGCAAAGGUGGCGACGACGGACAGGGCCUCCGGCAGUGAGAGGAACAGGAGGAGUAGGCGGACUGGUGGGAAGGAGGGCAGUCAGGGACUCACAGGGUCUCGAACGCCUCCCAUCGCGGAGAUCAAGCCUAGUCCCCAAAGUCCUUGUGAGCGAACAGAUUUGCGGAUGGCUAUCGUCGCAGAUCACUUGGGACUUAGUUGGACAGAGCUGGCUCGGGAGAUGAACUUCACAGUGGAUGAGAUCAACCACGUCAGAUUAGAGAACCCCAACUCUUUGACAGCGCAGAGCUUCAUGCUUCUUAAGAAAUGGGUCGGUCGGGAAGGGAAAAAUGCCACAACGGAUGCCUUAACUGCAGUGCUGACCAAAGUCAAUCGGAUGGAUAUUGUGACUUUACUGGAGGGCCCAAUAUUUGACUAUGGUAACAUUUCAGGCACGAGAUGUUUUGCCGAUGAUAACGCUGUUUUCCAGGAUCAGGCUGAUGAUUAUCAGAGCAUUUUAGCGGAGUUGCAGUCCCCCGCUGCACUGAACUCUGACCCCAAUUUCCUGGAGCCCGAACUCCCCGUCACCCCCAAUCCUUCCCUUGAUCCCAACCAGCACUACCACUGUUACCCAGAACCAGACACCCCUCUGUUGGCGGACUCCCAGCAGCCACAGCCCCUGCCCUGGAGCCCAGGGAUAGAGCCCGGUAGCGGAGAACCUGACAGCCCCCCUAGGAGUCCCCCCAGACCCUGUGAGCUUGCCCUGUCCUUCCCAGUAUUUGACAUCCCAGAUACUGUUCCUCCUAAGGUCAACAAGCCCCACAUUGCCCUGAACGACCAGCUGCUUCUGAGUGAGGAGGAGGACAGAUCCUAUCAAGAAAUGGAGCUGAGCCACAGGCCCAGGUCACGCUCCUUCCCUGCCAUGUUUGACUCAGACAUUGACAUGGCUUUCUCCACAUCCUCCCCUUCACUCUCAUCAAUAUCAUCCAUCACCCCUUCAUCACCUGACAGAUUACUAAUGGGACACAAAAGAGCGCAGAUGGGUGCUCCCAAUAGGGCACAAGAGGUUGUAGAUUUGAAAGGAGGUGAAAAGAAUGUGACAGAAGACAUACAGAAGGUUGCCGAGAUGGUUUCAGCAGAGUUAUCGGAGGGAAAGUACUCAGUGGAAAAGUGGAUGGAGCAGGACUUAAUACAAAAUGUUGACAGAAAGUGUGAGAUGGUUACAACAGAUAGGCUGACGGUGGCAGAAGAAACCAUCAGCAUUUUGUUGGAACAGAAGGAUGGAUCUGCAGAGGAAGAGAACGUUGUGGCAAAUGAGCUGCAAGAUGGGAAUAACAGGGAACACUGUGAGGUAGAAGAGGAAAGAGGUGUGCAAAAUCUGUGCGAAGAACAGCAUAAAAUCAUAAAAAUUGGGUAUGAAGUGGAAAACGGUGAUAAAAAAGAGUGUGUUAAUGUAACACCUGAGGUUCAAAAUGUUGAUGGGGGCAGUGAGGACAGGGUCUACGAGGAUGACAGAAUAGAUGACACAGAUGGAGAGCUGCAGUUUGAGGGCAUAGAACGGUUGUGCGGCAGUGAAGGAGAGAUUUGCAAGACAUUGGAAGUGGACGAAACAGCCCAGGAGGAGGUUGUCAGUCCUCUCUCCCCUCAGGCCUGGGUUGAGGCACUUGAGGAACGUCAGCCGAGGGAUUCUGGGUCCAAUGACGAGGAGGUGGAGGAGGAGGAGGAGGAAGCGAGAGACACAGAAAUCACAGAAGAGCCGUUAGGAUCUCUGUGUGAGGAGGUCAAGAAAGAAGAUGGCUCAGAGGAAAAUGAGGAGGACGAAGAGAUGAUCAAGGCCAGUAUUCAGGAGACUCUCGAUCAGGUUGAACAGGCAGAAAAAGACAUGUGUUCACUUUCAGGUUGGCACAGCGAUUCAUCGAGCGUCAAUGUUGAACCGCCAACGCCAGGCCGUAGUGUCAGCUCAGACCUGCUCGACAGGCGGGAAAGCCAAGAGAACUCCAGUGACUCCAUCACUUCCUCGUCAAGGGGCGAAUCAGGGAGGUCCCGGCACAACGGCGACAACUCAAAGCACUCACCUCAGGGCGGCUCAUCCGAAUCAUCAAAUGGCAAAAAGGAAGAAGGAGCACUGGUGUCCGAGAAAAAAGUUCAGGGAGAAGAAGCUAAGAAUAUCCCAGGGGAGACUAUGACAGAGGAACACUAUAUGGACCGGGAUGGUAACCUCAUCAGUAGAAAAGUAAUCAGAAAGGUUAUACGGCGGAUGUCUACUCCCACGCCAGAUAACCAAGGAGGGGACAGGUGGCUCAGAGACCUUCAGCACAGUCCCAUCCUGCAGGAGGACGGACCAGAGCAAGGAGAGGGGUCGAGGAAUAGCAGGCGAAAGGAUGACAGAAGAUCAGGGGACAAAAAGCUCCACUCAUAGGGAUGGUUUUGCUCUACCAGAUCUGCAGGAACCAAAUGAAAUGGUUCCUGGUGUGAGGUGUUCAGAGGGCUGAAGGGUUCCGUUGUGAGGACUUCAGACACAGUCCAGUUCGCAACAAUCUGCUUCAAACAAACGGUUUUCACACAAGAGGAGUCGACCCUUCUGACUAAACGCAUGAGCAUGAAAAACUCACCCGCCUGUCAAUCAGAGGACUGAGGUGUGGGGGGGGGGGGGUUCUCACUUUCUGACUGUAGUGGACCCAUGGACAAUGAUUCUGCUUCCUGCUUUUUGUGUGAAACAACGUGUCUUCGGUCCACCAGUGUUGUGAGAGCCUUUGAAAGGAGCAUUGUUUGCUGUGAAAAUGAGUUGGGGGGGAAAAAAGACUCCCCUGACCGACAACCACACAGGUGCAACUGUGACCAAAGAUGGCACAAGAGCUCAAUCCACAUGGAGGGUGGAAGGAAAGAAGUAGACACAAUAACACAAAAACAAAACGGAACACUUCUGAUACAACUUCAACACUCGCCUUAUAGUUUUUUCUUGAACCCAUUGUUGUCAAGAUGUAAAUUGUUUUGGGAUUUUUUUCUUCCUUUUUAAAACUUAAACUAACACAAAAGCUUUUUUCUGUAUAUAAAAUGACGAUGUGUAAAAAUCUUUAAAAAGGGGAUAAGUGACUGGUUGAGAACGCACUAAGGAGAGUUACCUUUUCAAGUGCUUUCAAAAUUUAUUGAAUUGGUUCCACUUUUAAAGAUUUGAGUGUAACUUCACAGGUUCUUGUAUAAUUAAUUAUUAGAGCUGGUAUAAUGUUUGUACAUGGGAAAAAAAACAGCUAGUUUGAUUUUAACAGAACUUUCCAGAAAAUCACUUUUCAGUAAUGGAUCUAAUCCUACAAAAAGCAGCCUUUCAGAGUUCUCAUGUUUUCAUGCAUGCUGUUCACAUUAUUUUAAGUAAAAUUUUUACAAGUUUGCAAACACUGUAUUCAAACGACAAAUAAAACCCUUUAUCUGUGUACACAUAUAGCCCUCACAUUUGUCACCAAUUUUAUAUUUUAAAAUGAAAAGGGGUACCAUUAAACAUUAAUCAUGUUGGGGUGAGGAUGGAAAAAGAACUAUAGCUUCUUGAGGGUGUUAUGUCUUGUCUGUCUUGUGAAAACAGAGGGCAGCUUCUGCUAAGAGAACGAUUUAAUCUGAAUGUAAAUGCUAGUAGGCUGGCUCGCUGUAAAAUUAUAACUGUAUCGUGCGUAUUGGCUAUAAGGUGUAGGAGUCUCUGUACACUGUUAGACUGUUGGUAAUCAUUUUAGCAGUGUGUCAAUUUGGUUUUCUAACCGCUGCUGUGAUAUUUAAGGAAAACUGGGGCAUUUCAUUUUGGAUUUUUUGGUGAACUGUUUCCUUAAUUUAAAAGCUACUCACAUUAAGGACACAUAAAAACAUUAUUUGAUUGUAGAUCUAAAUAGCAUAUUGUAUGACAAAAACACUGGAUGGUCAAAAGCAAUUAUUUAAACAUUAAAUAAAUUGUGUUUAACUCUGAAACUGUGUGAUCUUUUUAGGCUUGAGAGUCUGUAUAUGCAGUGUCGAAUAGACUUGUUUUCACUAGAUCAUUGGCAAAAAAUCUUACUUUACAUUACAUAAAGGAUUAUCUUUGUAUUGGAUUUCAUUAGAUGCCCAUGCAGUUCAAGUGUGGUGUUCUACUGGUGAGAUGACUCAGUAUGCUGAUGUCUAUGCUGUGGACAUGAAAACUAUGUUUGUUUGUUUUUGUUUUUUUUGAGGGGCUAGGGGGGGUUUCAAGGAAGUCAGGUAGGGUGCUGUACCACAUCCCCUUAUACUACUAUGUCAAUCAGGGGGUAGAGGAUCCUUUGAUAUGGUUGAACUAUCAAUUUUUGUCAAUUUUGUUUGAUAUGUGUUUUCACCUGAGCAGAUUUUUUGAUGUACAAUUCUUACUAACAAGAGUGAAGCCAUUGAAAUGUAACUAUUCUAGCACUUUGGUUAUUCAAGGUCUUUUAGAGGCUAUAGCAGCAAUGAUGCCACCACAAAUGUUUCAGACGUCUUUAAAAAAAAAUCAACCUAAAAAUGAAAAAAAAAAUAAAAAUGCAUUGAUUUCGCAAUAUAA